GUCGAGCGAGCGCCCAUUGAGAAGUGCUGUGUGAGCGGCGGAGCGGCGAGUUCAUAUUCACAAACCAAAACAAAUCGGAGCGCGGUAACGCCAGGCCAGCCUUCCUCUCCCGAUACUCGGGCAGCACCGGAGACGCUCUCCUCGGAUAGAGGCGGCGCUGUGAACGGAGGCAGGAGACAGGAGACGGUCCGCCAGCGGCAGCACCACAGGCAAAGGCAACAGCCCGAGUGAGUGAAGCUCGCCCCGCACGGCUACAGGUAGCUCCCGCGGCGGGUCAUGCCGGUUGCUCCGGACGGAGGGCGAGCCGUGUUUCUGUGCUGCUAGUUCUUCACCGCAAGCUGACCUCGCUGCGCGUCCGCCUGACCGACCGGGGACCCGGAGGGGGUGGGACGGCCAUGUCCCGAAGAAAGCAGAGCAAGCCCCGCCAGAUCAAACGCUCUAUAGGGGAUCUUGAUGGAGGUGAAGAGAACCUACCUGAUGAUGUCAGUCUCUCAGGAGAGGAGGGCGGGACGUCUGAUCAGGACGACUCAGCAGAGUGUGAUGGGUCCAGUCCCUCCUUUGCACCACUUUAUAAUGAAGAACCCACAACGCACCAGUCUCCAGGGAGCCCAGACACCGGUGAGGAAGAUGAGAAGGGGCGGCAACGUAACAGUGAGGAGGAAGAGCAUAUGGAAGCCGACGGGGAGGUGGAGACAAGGUGGAAUGGGCCAGAUGAUUUGGAGCUGAGUGAGGGGCUUGAGGACCCUAAGGUUGUGGCCCACAGGGACCUGCCAGUAGACACAGUGUGGGGACCGUUUGCCGGAAGCAUCCAAUCAGACGACGCUGCAGAUGGCGCAUCCAAUGAGAGCCCUGUGCUGACUCUAGUUUGUGAGGACCCAGACUGCUGGCUUACAAGGAUUCCACUGAUCUCCUGUUCUUCUGAAGCAAACUGCACCAUUUACAGUCAAGGUGAUGGUCUGUUCUGUAAGCUCACUCAGGAGCUCUGUAGAGGAGAUGCUAUAGUGGCUACUCUUUCCUGGUCCACGAUGGUGCAACAGUCGGAGGCUCAGACAGAAACAACAGUAGUGAAGGAGGAGCCUGCAUAUCCAGCAACCCUGCCCUCAGAAAUCCAGCUCCUCCCACAGCAGGCUGGCAUGGCCGCCAUCUUGGCAACCGCUGUUGUUAACAAGGAUAUCUUUCCAUGCAAAGACUGCGGGAUCUGGUACAGGAGCGAGAGGAACCUGCAGGCACAUCUCAUGUACUACUGUGCCAGCCGACAGAAGCAAAAGGACACAGCCUCCCCUCCACAGGACAAGCCCAAAGACUCCUAUCCCAAUGAAAGAGUGUGCCCGUUCCCACAGUGCAAAAAGAGCUGCCCCAGUGCCAGUUCCUUAGAAAUCCACAUGAGGACGCACAGUGGUGAACGUCCGUUCGUGUGUUUGAUCUGCCUGUCCGCAUUCACCACCAAGGCGAACUGUGAGCGGCACCUGAAGGUCCACACGGACACGCUCAACGGAGUGUGUCAUGGCUGUGGUUUUGUCUCCACAACAAGAGACAUCCUUUACAGUCACCUAGUCACCAGCCAUAUGGUGUGCCAACCUGGCUCCCGCAGUGAGGUCUACUCCCCUAAAUUGCCACUGGCCUCAGGUUUAAGUCCCGGAGAUUCUGGCAUAUUACUAAAAUGCCAGGUGUGUGGCUUUUCAGCAGACACUCCUGCCCUGCUGCAGCAGCAUGUCCACACCCACCUGGAGGUCAGGGUACCUGCAGAAAGGAGCCCCACACCUCGCCAGAGUAGCCCUCCUACAUCAGAGUUCCCAGAGCCCCAGGACCGAGAGCCAGCAGCCAGCGUGCCCAGGCCAGACUCUUCCAGCCCUGGUGCCAAUGGCGGCUCCGCCACCUCCCGAGGUUGUAGCCCUCCAAACCAGCUGAAGAUCAAAGAGGAGCCUUGCUCAGACAAUGAGAGCGAAGCAAGAGGUGGAGAGCAGGAUGGUAAUCACUGUGAAAACACUGCUGAGCCACACUCUUCUCAUCCUACCUCACCUAAAAGUCCCUCAGCUGUUGCAGUAAAGGCAGAGCCAGCUAGUCCCACUCCAGGCUCUAGCCCUGUCCAUCCAACAUCAGGGACUCCAGUGUUACCUGGUGGAGCUGUGUUUUUACCACAAUACCUUUUCAGCACUGAUGCGGCAAUCAUGCCACAGGCAUCUGAAAUCCUGGCCAAGAUGUCCGAGAUGGUUCAUAGCAGGCUAAAGCAAGGCCAGAGUCCUGCAGCAGGACAACAAGGCUUCUAUCCGGCAGGCUCUCCCGCUGGAGUGCCUAAGGGGGCAACCUGCUUUGAGUGCGACAUCACCUUCAACAACAUCAACAACUAUUACGCCCACAAGAGGCUGUACUGCUCUAGUAGGCAUCAGCAGGGGGAGGUGACAGGCACAGUAAAGGACGGCUCAGUGACUGCUACAGCUCCCAUUCCGAGUCAAGAUUCCUCUCCACAGGCUAGACCAGCCAGUUGUGCAGCAUCAGCCUCCCCCAGCUACUCCGACUCAGCCUCCGCAGCAGCUGGCCCAGCAACAGAAGCCAAGCCAAUAGAAGUGAAGAGUGAGACCCCAGGGUUGAAAGACACGGCCUGUUCAUCUUCAUCGGAGGGUGAAGGUGGUGGUGGGGGCCAGGCAAGUGAAGGAAGCCAAAGCCCAAGUGGCUCUGCAGAAGACACAGAGGAGGAUCCCAACCGUACUUUUUGUCAAGCUUGCAACAUCCACUUCAGCAGGCAUGAAAACUACAUAGUACACAAGCGUUUUUACUGUGCUUCUCGCCAUGACCCUUCAAACCAUCGUCCGGUGGUGGGAAAGGGCGCCUUUCUGCCACAGCCCAUUCGCACACGGAAGCGCAAGAAGAUGUAUGAGAUACACAUGGCACGAACCGAGGCACUAGCUAAUGCUGCCGCUCUGUCUGUGGCGGCAGGGAUGUCUGUGAAACAGGAGGGUGCCAGCACCCCCUCUGGGCCACCUUUGGCCUUGGUAUCCACCCCUGCUCGCACUUCUAGUCCAGAGGGUGAUGGCCCCAUCGAUUUGAGCAAGAAACCACGCCUGAGAGAAAGCCCAAGAGGGAACAGCAUUCCUGCAUUGCCCCUCACAGACUACCACAAGUGUACCGCCUGCAGCAUCAGUUUCAACAGCAUUGAGAAUUACUUGGCCCACAAAACGUACUACUGUCCUGCCACCACCUUACAAACCCAUGCUCUGGAGCAGUUGCACCGGAUAAAGAGACCUGCCUCCAUCUCACCCAAGAACAGAGCUCCUCCUGACGCACAUCCCGACACCAAGAGUCACCAAAUCGGAAAGCCCACAGUGGCACCUCAUGCCUCUGCUUUACCUACCGCAGAAUCUAGUCCUCAUUCUGUACCAGGCGUGAAGCCCCCCAGCACUCCCCCUGUGGUUUGCCCUUACUGCCCUCCUAACAGGGCAGUGACAUCUGACCUGAUGGAGCAUUUCAGAACCGCUCAUGGCCUGGUCCUCGCCAUGCCGCAGCAAUCUGAAGCCCAGGCAGCUGCUAUCAGUCCCAGCCAUAGCCUCAGUCCUCGCGAUGGAGCUCCUUUAACCCCUCCUAAACCAAGUUCCAGACACCGGAGGGACAGUUUAAAUGGUCGGAACCGGAGGGACGCUGCCUCUCCCACCUCACCCUUGCUCAAUGGAAAUGCUGUUGGACCACAUCCAGCAGGGGCUGGCUCUCCUAAAGCAGCCCCCCCAGCCCUCUCACCAACAGGCUCGAUCCCUCUGACUGUAUCUCCUGUGCCUGAGGGCUUGAGAGAAGUGGGGUUACUUGGCAAUAUCCCCACACCCUUGCAGGUCUCAGAAAAAGUAAUUAGUCACACCAACACAUCCCCAGCCAUGCCUAAGGCAACUGUUGCCACACCUUUGCAGAACGGGAACACUCGUUUCUGCCGGCUGUGCAACAUCAAAUUCAGCAGCCUGUCCACCUUCAUUGCCCACAAAAAGUACUACUGCUCCUCCCACAGUGCCGAACACGUCAAGUGAGCUUGCCCUUCAAGCCAUUACUCUCAAAUCUACAAGUGCCAAGUGCCACACCUACAAGUGGCAAGGCCCCACCUGAACCAGACAGUGUAUGAAAGCUGGACUGUUACUAACCAGGCGCCGAGGUUGCCACAACAGCUCUGCUGGUCCUGGUGUUGUUACUGUGGUAACUUAUUGCUUGUUAUGGGUCAAGUUUGUAUUACACUAAAAAAUGAGAAAUGCUACCUGCACAUGGAAGUGUGCCCCACUGAUCGGCACCCAACGUGACCCUGUUUGUUCACAUUUGAGUUUAAUCCAAAUCAGAUAUCAAGUCACCUUUGUAAGUUUUGUUUUAAUCAAUGUUUAUUGUUUUUAAACACUGAUGUUGAUUUUGUUCAAUGGUGGCACCUACAUGCGUCUGUGACCGAUUGUAGUUUUCCUGAGCCAUUAAAAUUUGUAAUAAGUCAUUAAUUUAGGGAACUUCUGUCCCCUUCUGGAGUGGAGUGCAAUGACUCAUUAGGCCUCUCAAGUUCAUGACCUAAAGCUGAGAGUUUUCCUUGUCAAUACACUGAAUCAACUUUAUAAUAAAAAGGAUGAAUAAACGCAUAGUAGCUCUACAGAUUUGGUAAAAUUACCAGUGUGAAGUGGAAGAUUUUAAAGAAGGGAAAAUGUGAACUUAUUUAUCAUUCGAGUCCUCACGUAUUUCACUUCCACAGAAUACUACCUACUGUUGUUUUUUUUUUGUUUUGUUUUUUUUUUAAGAAAAAGAUUAUUAUUUUUGUUUGUAUAUUUUUUUCAUACUGUCCAUAGCAACCAUUUCAGGCUUAGUGUGUUGUAUGUUCUUGGUUCUUAAGCAUAGGUAUGCUUUUCAAUUAUGUAGUAAUCUUUGGGACACUGAGUGCUCUUCUUUUUGUAAUUGUCAGCAAUGCUUUUUGUCUGAUUGGUAAGUGUUGGUCGGUCUAGUGCAGGAAUGAGUGCAGUUUUCAGUAUUUACUCCAUGCUCCGGAUCAGAGAUUGUGAAAUGAGGUGGUUCAAAGUACCAUUCCAUUAAGAAUCUUUAAGAAGGACUGUCUCAAUAAGGAUGGGAUACAAACUCAGAACAGACAAAAUACCUUUAUUCUCUCUGGUCACUACUCUCACUGUCUGCCUCUAGCUCAGCCAUAUUCCCACCCUGUCGACCUGCUGAUAACCUGCUGUCUAUACCAUGCCAUAAACACCAUUUUUUUGUUUCUUUAUUUGUUGUUUUGUCACUGACAGAUAUGGAUGAGUGUGUUUUUAGUUUAGCAUGGUAAACCUAGGUAUACAUCAGAUUUCUCUUGCAGGCUGUAAAGUGAUGCUGAAAGCUACUGACAGAGUGUGAAACUGCCUCACACAUUAGCAUUUGUCAGACUGGCAUCCCAGUACCCCCAGCAUUCUUUCUUUCUCUCUCUCUCUCUUUCUGUCUCUCUCUCUCUCUCUGACUCGUUUCCUGUUCAUCUGUAGGAGUAUGUAAUUUGGAAGGAGCAGCGUUGUGCAAUCUUUCCUUCUUGAACAGGCUCCCUUGGCAAAGCCUUAAUGAAGACUCAAGUCAGUAUGUCUGAAAGAGAGUGCCACGUUCCAGAAUACUCCCCCACCCAGCGUUGCACACCAAGUGGACUUCCUUUCCGUUACUAGUGGCGUUUCCCAUUUCCAGUGUUACAAAAAAAAGAAAACCCAGGCCGCUCUGUGGCAAGAGCAGGCGAGAUUUCUCUGUGCUGUUGUGUUUGAAACGGUGCUGCAUCCGUCAUACUUCACACAGGACUGUUUACGAUUUCCUUACUGUCCUUUUCUCAUUGGCUAACUGUCAUAUUCACAAGACCAAUGCUGAAAGACCAUUUUUACCUUUCUGAUUCCCCUUUUUAUUGCACUGUGUUGUACAAAAAAUGCUGAAUGUUUUAGUUUUAGAAGCUUUUUUGUAUCGUAUUUAUGUUUUUACAGCACUUUUCCUCGUCCAAACCUACCCCCUGAAGGACUUGCUGAUGAAAACAUUUUAACACAACCUAAGGUUAAUUAAGAUAUUUUGUGAAUAAUUGCAAAUGUUGUCAAAAUAAUUAUGAAUGUCAUUUUUUCCCUUUCUUUUCUUUUUUUUUUUUGUUUUGUUUAAUUUUGAUCUCUAUGAAAAGUUCCACUACACACUUGUACAAACUAUGCAUGGGAAAAUAAAGAGUCCUGAGGACAUUUAAAGUGCGAAA